AUGACAGAAGAUCAUAAAGCCAAAUCACUGGCCCCUGUUGAAGAUUACCCAAGGAGCGACGAAAAGAGCAGCAAAUGUCUUGUUUACAUGCUGGCUAUCAUGGUCAUCCAGGGAUCGCUCCUAUUGGUGUUCGCAACCAUUUUUCUACGACCCCAAACUCCCCGUUUCGAUAUCGGAUCUGUCGCCGUUAGAAAUUUCAAGUACGGGACUAAUUCAUCGGCUCCAUCGUUUAACCUCACGCUCGUGACCCAAGUCGCCGUUGAGAACACCAAUUUUUUCGGAGAUUUCAGAUUCGAGAACAGUAACGGAAGUGUCUGGUGUGGAUCUGAAGUUGUGGGACAAAUGAAGAUACCUAAAGGGAGAGCUCAAGCUAGGGCAAUUGAGAGGAUGAACGUACCAAUAGACGUGAGCUCACUCGGAUUAUCAGAUACAAACAGGUUGAGCAGCAACAUAAGUUCUGGGUUAUUGGAGCUUAACAGCUACGUUAAAUUGAGUGGAAAAAUGAACAUCAUGAAAAUUAUGAAGAGAAGAAGGAACCCUGAGCUAAAUUGUAUUAUGACACUCAAUUUAACAGGGAAAGCGGUACAGGAUUUGAAAUGUUACUGAUGUGAAAUGAACGUAAGGUGA